AUGUCACAGAAUAAUCGAAUAACACCUAUUGUAUCACCAUCUUCUUCUCUAGCUGACACUGAUUCUCUUCAUCAUCGUCAUGCUCAUUCUCCUACUACUGAACAUCGACGUGUAUCAAUUGCAUCAAUUACACAUCCAGAUCCAUUAGGUCCUAUCACACCAACUGAUGAUGUUACACUUAAACGACAUCUUGGUUUAUUCUCUGGAGUUUGUUUUAUUAUUGGUACCAUCAUUGGUUCUGGUAUAUUUGUUUCACCAAAAGGUGUUUUACGAGAAACACAAUCAGUUGGAUUAUGUUUAAUUAUUUGGAUGGCUUGUGGAUUAGUAUCUUUACUUGGUGCACUCUGUUAUGCAGAGAUUGGUACAAUAAUACCCAGAAAUGGUGCAGAAGUAGCUUAUAUAAAAGAAGGUAUUGGUUCUGUUCAUGCAAGAACAGGUGAUGUUUUAGCUUACCUUUUCAGUUGGACAAUUACAUUUGUUAUGAAACCAUCAAGUAUUGCUGUCUUAUCUCUGACUUUUUCUCAAUAUUUCCUAUCUGGUGUCAUGGAUGAUUGUGGACCACCCGAAGAACUUGUCAAAAUGCUGGCAAUUUUUGCUAUUCUCAUGCUAAUCAAUAUUAAUUCUAUUAGUGUAUCUGCAGCUAAUCGUCUUAAUAUUAUCUUUGUCAUUUGUAAAGUUUCAACAGUUGCAAUAGUAAUUAUUGCUGGUCUUGUACGAAUUGGACAAGGGCAUACACAGAAUUUACAAAAUGGUUUUGUUGGUACGACCAACAAACCGUUGGGUGUUGCACUUGCAUUUUAUUCUGGUCUUUGGGCAUACGACGGAUGGAAUAGUCUCAAUUCUGUUACAGAAGAACUAAAAAAUCCCAAAAGAAAUCUAUGGUUAUCCAUCGUAUUAGCUUUACCUUCUGUUAUGAUUCUUUAUUUACUUACGAAUAUUUCUUACUUUACUGUAAUGAACAAAGCCGCAUUACUUAGUUCUAAUGCUGUUGCUGUCACUUGGGGUGAAGCUGUAUUAGGUCCUGCUGUUCGUAUUUUACCUAUUCUAAUUUCUAUUAGUGCAUUGGGUAGUGCUAAUGGAAGUCUUUUUGGAGCUGCUCGAUAUUGUAUGGUUAGUGCUCAGUAUGGAUAUUUACCAGAAGUAUUUGCAUGUAUUCAUGCACGAAGAUUGACUCCAGUAUCUGGAGUUGUUUUGCAGGGUACAAUUGCAAUUGCUUUCUGUCUUCCAAGUAAUGUUGAUGGUUUAAUAGAUUUUUUCAGUUUUGUUGCAUGGAUGUUUUAUGCAUUAACAUUUACUGCCACACUUUGUUGUAAAUUUACAAAAAAAAGUGCUGAUCGUGUUAUUAGUGUUCCUAUUCCAUUACUUGUAAUUAUAAUUCUGAUUUCGAUUUAUUUGGUUAUCGCACCUUUAAUAUCAUCGCCAAGUAUUGGAUUUCUUGUUGCAGGUAUUUUAAUUUUAUUUGGUUUAGUAUUUUAUUAUCCAUUUGUCUAUCGUAAAAUUGAAUUACAAUUUAUAAAAAAAACCAAUAAUUUUUUAAUAACAUUUUUUGGAUUACAGCGAGCACAAGUGAAAAUUUAA